AGAAACAGGAUGUGUCUAGCCAUACCACAGUGACUCUGCAAGCACAUGUAGCAAGUAGCCUCUGGUUAAAAUACUUCCUGUUUGAUCAAAGUAGGUGUUAAGACUUUGACAUGCUGGCUUUCAAAACGCACAGAAAGACGAGGCACUCAUAGGGGUAGGACGAUAAGAAACUCUGAAAACAGUUUAGAUCAGAAUAUGGCCGAGGUGAUUUACACCACGCCCAACAUGGCCAGGAACACACAAGGAGAGAGAGAGGAGAGGAUCGUGGAGAUCUACGCUACCAGUGAGAGCCUCAGAGAUAAACACCAGGACUAUGUGGGGACAGAGGAGUCCUCCAAUACUCUGGGAACAGUAAGAAGUCAGCAGCCGGACCCUGUGAGCCCUCCUCAGUGGCCGAUCAGGGCUGUGGUGGUGCUUCUGGUCCUGCUGUCUGUUGCCCUGCUGGCUGGACUGCUUGGGUUGGCAGUGCAACACAAGAACGUCAUAGAGAGAGACAUGGAGCAACUUUUCCAAAUGCUGAAAAAUGUGACAGAGCAACAGAAGAGCAUCUCGGAGAAGACUAUAAGCAUGGACAGAAAAAUGGAGCAACUUCACAAAAGGCUGAAGAAUGUGACAGAGCAGAGAGACUCACUGCUUUGUAAACAGGACUGUCCAGGUGGUUGGGAUAAGUUUGGUUGUAAAUGUUACCAGGUUACCAGUGAGUGGGGAUCCUGGAGUAAGUGCAGGGAGCUCUGUGUUUCCAAAGGAGCAGAUCUGGUGGUGGUGGACAGUAAAGAGAUGGACUUCAUUAGCAGGUACACCACCGAGUACUUCUGGAUCGGAGCGACAGAUGAGGCCAGUGAAGGGAUGUGGAGAUGGGUUGAUGGGACCGUCCUGUCAGCGGCUAGCCCCUCCUGGAGUGGAGGGAAACCUGAUGGUGAAUGGACGUCCACGAAAACGGCAAGGCAACCAGACGAUCACAGCACACCCUCACAGCAGCAGCAGCUGGACCACACCCUCCACGGAGGCGAUGUCCGGAGCGUUCUCCUCCCGACGUCGUUUUCCCACACGGGCACUUGGACAUAA